GCACCACUUGUUUCACCAGCUGACAAUCUCCUGGUCCCUGUGCUGCCGAUCUGGAGGACACGUCCCGGACUGGGGCGACCCCCGUUCUCUCGAGGGGGGUUUGGGGGAACGGAUGGGCGGUUUACAACAAACACACGUGCCGGCCACUGACGUUCAGUCAACCCUGAUGUCAUGGAUUUCCGAAGGAGUAUAAAGGAAAGCAGCUGGGGUCGUGUGUGAAAUCAAGGAACAGGGAUGUUUCGAGGCGUUCCGUGAAACAAACGGCGGAACAAAACUCCUACAGAAGCUUUGAAGCAAGAGGAUUAUUCCGGCCACCACGCUGAGAUGACUCUCAACACACAGAGAAGCACCGGCCACACUGUGCUUCAGAGGCGUGCCAGUUCCCCUGUGCCCUCGUCUCAUCAGCACGCCCACCCCGUCCACAGCCUGACCACUGAGAGGGAGCUGGCAGCCUGCCCGGACCGACCUGGCAGACCUCGGCUGGGGUACUCUGUCUCGUGCCAGCCGUCGGAGAGGGAGCGGAGUGGCUGGUCGUCCGACUCGGCGGAUUCCGACGUAUCCAGCGAGGACUCUGGCUGUGGCACCUUCCGGGUGCUCCUCCUUGGCGACUCUGGAGUGGGCAAGACCAGCCUGGUCAACGUCUUUGCGGGGAUUCAGGAUGCUCACGGCGAGAACACAGGAGAGGAGACAUAUGAGCGAACUCUAACAGUCGAUGGAGAGGACACGACACUAAUAGUGAUGGACACAUGGGGAUCUGAGAGUGACGAGUCGUGGGUUCAGGAUUACUGUAUGCAGGUGGGCAACGCCUACAUCAUUGUCUACUCCAUCACCGACCGCACCAGCUUUGAGAGCGCGUCCGAGCUCCGUAUCCAGCUGCGGAGGCUGAGGCAAGCGGAGAACAUUCCCAUUAUCCUGGUGGGCAACAAGAGUGACCUGGUACGGCGUCGCGAUGUCUCCGUUGAAGAGGGCCGUGCGUGUGCUGUGGUCUUUGACUGCAAGUUCAUCGAGACCUCCGCCACCCUGCACCACAACGUGACUGAGCUGUUCGAAGGCAUCGUGCGGCAGAUCCGCCUGCGCAAGGACAGCAAGGAAGCGAACGAGAGGAGGAUGGCCAAUCACAAGAGGAGGGAAAGCGUGACGAAGAAAGCCCGCCGGUUUCUGGACAGGUUUGUAGCCAAGAACAACAAAAAGAUGGCCUUGAAGGUCAGGUCCAAGUCCUGCCAUGACCUGUCAGUGUUAUAAAUACACGGAAGUGCAAGUAAACCAGACACCGGUGGGGAGCAUUCGCCACAACCAGCAAGUUGAUUCAGGACCAAGGUCCAUUCUCUUCUGUGCCUUUCCUGAUAGGUUUUGUUGGUGGUUGUGGCCCAACGAUCAUGAAGAAAACUUGGUGAAGAUGAGAGUCAACAAGAUGGAUUUCCAAAGCAUCUUCAUGAAGCCCCUCAAUAUUCAAAAGGGGAAGAAUUGACCAAAAUCUCACAUGCAAUUCAUGAGCCAAUAAACAUACUGUAUUUUAACUUGUAGUGAAAACAAUGCUGGUUGGCUCCUGAGGAAACAAGGCUUUUCUUCCUUCCAUUCUCCUUUGUUGAAGAUACUUAAUUCUAUCUUUAGCAAAGUAACCCAGCCACCUCCUGUUUAAUCCCCUUACAUCAGAAUUCUAAGUCAAUUUAUUAUCAAAGUACAUACAUGUCACCAGAGACAACCCUGAGAUUUGUUUUCUUGCAGGUGUACAAAACAGAUUCAUAAUAGAAUAGUAACCUUAAGAGAAUCAGUGAAAGACCACACCAACUUGGGUGUUCAACCAGUGUGCAGAAGACAACAAACUGUGCAAGUACACAAAGAAAGAAAUAAUAAAUAAGCAAUAAAUAUCAAGAAUAUGAGAUGUAGAGUCCUUGAAAGUGAGUCCAUAGGUUGUGGAAACAUCUUAAUGAUGGGGCAAGUGAAGUUGAGUGAAAUUAUCCCCUUUGGUUCAAGAGCCUGUUGGUAACUGUUCCUGAACCUGGUGCUGUAGACCCUCAGGCUCUUGUACCACCUUCCUGAUGGCAGCAGUGAGAAGAGAGCACGUCCUGGGAGGUGGGGAGACCCUGAUGAUGGAUGAAUCUUUCCUGCAACAAUGCUUUGUGUAGAUGUGCUCAGUGGGAAGGGCUUUACCUGUGAUGGACUGGGCCAUAUCACAGUACAUGUCUGAGUCCUGCAGGUAACCCAGGCCCAGCGUCCACCUUCCCCUACUUUGGUGUGGCCGAGGUCCCUGCACUGACAGUCAAAUCGAAAAUCAAAGUUGGACACAUUCACUACAUUGUUGACAGGAGGUCAGAUCUUUGAACUUUUCAAGACGAGAUGGGAUUGGAGAUGGUACUCUGUCCAUAAUUUAGUCUCAUUACAAUGUCUAGUUUGAGUAUUGCGUGAGAAGCUUACUUUUAGAAUAUUGAUUUAGCUUAAAUUAGUGAAAGAUCAUGUUGAAAUCAACAUCCAAUAAAGAAGUCUCAAAUAUGUUGGCUGUCCACGUAUGGGGCUAUAACCAGAUACUGAGCCCACUGCUUGAGGCAGAGGGUUACACAACAUGGAAAUAAGCUCUGUGGCCCAACUCAUUCAUGCCGACCAUGUCUGCCUGAUAAGUGAAGUGUAGAAAUAUUCCAGGUCUUCAGGAAAGGAUAUGUAGCCAGAAUAUAAAAGUAAGGAUGUGAUACUGGAGAUUUAUAAGGCAUUGGCUAGACCAUACUUGUGAGCAGUUUUAGAGACCUGCUAUCUAAGAAAGAAUGCACUGGCGUUGAAGAUAGUCGAAAGGAGGUUCACAAGAAUGAUUCGGGGAAUGCAGGGUUAAUGUGCAAGAAGGAUUUAUUUGAUGGCUCUGGGCCAGUACUCGCUGGAGUUUAGAAGAACGAAGGGGGGGGUCUCAUUGAAACCUAUUGAAUAUUGAAAGGCCUAGAUGGAGCAGAUGCUUGAGAUUUCCAGAAUUAUGUGAGUUAUAGUUUUUUUGGAGGGUCUGACCUCAAUAGGUCAAUGUUAAGGAUCCUCCAACUUUAGAAGAUCAAUGUUGACUACAUGAGCAUAUGGACAAUGAAUCAUUGGGAUAAGAGAAUGGCAAUAUAAAGGAAGCCGUUCACCGAAAAGGUGCUGAAUCCAUUACCACUGACCAUCCACUUUCAUGGACAUUUGCUUCAACUUGCCUGCCGUCCAACCAUUCCUUCUCAGCACAGGAAACCUCAGUUUGACCUUGAAUCUUGCACAAGUUCGGAAGCUACCCUUGCCAGUACAACGUAAGCAUUUAUGUAGCUUUGGUAUCAGAGCAAGAUGUCCCAAGAUACUUUACAGGAGCAUUCUAAAACCAAUUUUGGCACAAGGUCAUACAGGGAGAAACCUAGAUGGAGAAGUAGAUGCGGUCAUUUAAAGACUGCCUUGGAACUUUGGGGCUGUGAUUCUCAGUAAUUAUGGUUUUAUGAUUUUGUUUUAAUAUUGCAUUUUCACCUAGUGGCCACUUCUCAUGAUUCAGUGAUAAUCGAGCUGGUAGUUGGAUGUUAUACUGAGCUGUGAUCCAGGACAGCAUACUUGGUUAUUUAGAAUAGUGAUUUUCAGAGAACGGGUCAUCAGAAAAGUACAGUUCCCAGAAUGUAAUCUGACACUUACCCAUCUUACUAAAGAUUCCAACCCAACUCCACAAGGUGGCAGAACAAUGCUCAAUCUCUCAAUUUUCCCAUUGCCUAUUGAUCCUCAAUAGGAGAACCUCAGCCCAAAACGUUGACUCUUUAUUUCUUUCCGAGGAUGCUGAGGUUCACCAGCAUUCUGUGUGGGUUACUCUGGAUAUCCAGCACCUACAGAGUCUCUUGGGUUAGCUAUUUAAAUACUUACUAACUGUCUAUGACAGUCUCUGUUAUCCCAUUCCAUAAGAUGAUUCCCAUUCACCUCUUGGUUUUGCCACUUCUGACUAUAUUCCAAGAGUCCAUUCCCCAUUCUGACUCCCCUCUUAGCCGUUCUCUUCUCACCUGCCCAUCACCUCCCGCUGGUUCCCCUCCUUCCCUUUCCCCUUUCUCCCAUGGUCCACUCUCCUCUCCUGUCAGAUCCCUUCUUCUUCAGCCCUUUACCUUUUCUUCCUAUCACCUCCCAGUUUCCCACAUCAUCCCUCACUCCCACAACCCACCCACCUUCUCUGUCACCUAGUCUCACCCUUCCCCCCCUCAGCUUUUCACUUCAUCCCUCAGCCUCCCCUACCCAUCUACCUUCCCCCUCACCUGGUCUCACCUAUCACCUGCCAGCUUGUGGUACUCCUUCUCCCCCAACCUUCUCAUUCUGGCUUCUUUCCGCUUCCUUUCCAGUCUUGAUGAAAGGUCUCAUCCCAUUAUUCCCCUCCUUUGAUGCUGCCUGACCUGCUGAGUUCCUCCAGGAUUUUGUGUGUGUUAUUCUGAUUUCCAGCAUCUGCAGAGUGCCUUGUGUUUCUAUUCCUAAGAAGUCCUACCCCCAAGAUCCUGCUAUUGGUCUUCCAAUGUGUCCGUCAUUAUAAUAUGCCUCUCCUGAUUGGAGAAUCAGCAAGAACCUUGCAGAUGUGAUUGGAUGAUGUUUCUCAAUGGAAUUGGACUACCUUGUUCCCAUCUGUGAUAGGUUAACUAAGAUCAGUCUGUACUUCCUAGAUACUCAAAGCCAAAAAUGGAGAGUUGAUAGUCCUAUUCGAAACCGACCUUCUGAAUAUUUUUAUAUCUAAAUCUCCAGGUUUUGAAGGGUUUUUCUUUUUAUUGAUUCAUGAGAAUGCUGCAUGUAUUCUGAUAAUAAAUGAUAAGUUUACAUUGGUCAUAACUGGUUCUAUGUCAUUCACUAUGGACUGAGUAAUGUGUACAGUAAUGUAUCCGCUUUCUACAAUAACUUUUGCAGUAAAAUUUUGAACCUGUUUCUGUAAUAUAGCUCUUCAUGUAUUGUAGAUUUAACUUUUGCAAUAAAAACAGACCUUGUUUUCUAAGCCAAAUAC